AUGGCCAAGGCAUCUCGGAACCCCACCGCUGAUGAUGCUCUAGCAGCCGGCAAGCUGAUAGGCCUGAGCAGUCCCAUUCUCUCUUCGUAUCGACUUGUCAUCGCUCUCAUCACCCAGCCCAGGCAGACUAGCCCCUUCAAGAUCGGAAGUUAUCUUCGUGCCAACAUGGGAAAAGGAAAGAAAGUCAGAAACACCUCGUUGCAUACAGCCCACGAAGACAUGGACCCUGUUUCAGUCGAGGAGGCGCCAGGGGAGAACGAAACUAUCCGAGUACUCCAGGAAAGGAUUGCUCAUCUCCAGGAAGAACUAGAUGACUUCAAGGAGAAAUACAGGAAACAAUGGUGGACUGCAGACUCAAGCGUACAUGGGUGGGAAGCAAUCCCAAUCGAAUAUGACCAGGAGUUUGAGAAGCUCUUCUAUAGUGCCAAGUCAUGGACUGAUCAGUGGGUGGAGAUGGAAACAGCUGCUCUGGCAGAAUUUUCUACCAGUGAGAAACAAACCAUUCUUCAGAGCCUGGAAGGCUACUGCGUACAGGAUUUGGACUGGGAUACCUUUAUAGAGUCCCUGCCUUAUCCGAUCUGUGAAGUGCUUCCUCGUGCCCUCGCCCAGACAAUGCUCGUGAAGGACAUCGUGGACAAGUUCUUCGAGAAUCCGUUUUGGUACUUCGAAGGGAAGCCUGACUCUGAUGACACAGAAGCUCCAAAAAAGAGUUGUCUGUCCCUCGCAGAGCAUUUGCAGCAUGUAUAUCAGCAAUUUCUUAUCGUCAAUCCAAAAUCAGCAAGUCUCUGGAAGACCGAGACCGUCCGACUUGCGAACUCCGUUAAUGGUAAACAGGCCGAUAACACCGAACUGGGCCGCCAUACGAAGAGCCGACGCGAGGAAUCUGCUCGAUCAUUUGCUUCCGCUAUGCUCAAGGACCCGCCAUUCCGGAUGCUCCUUAGAGAAUGUGAAGACACCGUCGAUAGGGAGGCAACGCUAAUCAAAUACUACGAGAGAGCUGAGCGGAUGGCAAUCGAUCUCAGCUGUUCUCAUGGGACCUGCACAUAUCGAAACCUUACACGGCUGGCCUCUCCCUUGUUCCGGAGAGGGGAGCCGUGGGUAACCGCAGACUACUGUCAUAGUAUCCGACCAGAUGUACCCAGACUGGACGGUCAUCGCAUUCUGUUUAUCUUGCAACCGGCAGUGUCGCGCAUUAGAGGGGCGUUCCCAGAUGGUCAACUGGAAGAAUGGACCCAAGCUGUGGCCGUGAUUGAGGAUGCCCAGUGCACAAAAGAGGUGUGGGAGAAGCGGCGAAAGGAACAGAGUGCUAAGGACAAGGAGACGUACGAAAGGGAAGAAGAGGAAAAGGCGCAAAAUAGGGCUAUACUGGAGAGAGAGACAAGAGAGAUGGAGCAACACAGAGCAGAGGAGAAUAAAAAGGAUGAGUCGAAGAGACGGGGAAAGAAGAAGGCCACUUUGAAGCAGGAGAUGGAGGGAAAAGGCGAAGAAGGGCCAGAGAUCUCAGCUCCUAAGCGAGCUCGAGGGACAAGGGGAGCAACAAGAACGAAGGCCAUUGAGCAGGAGAAUGAAGAAAGGGUCGAAGAAGAGCCCGAGAGCCCAGCUCCCAAGCGCGCUCGAAGGACAAGGGGAGCAACAAGAACGAAGGCAGUCCAGCAGGUGGAAGGGACAGAAGACGGACCAUCGGGAGAGAGGGUUGAGGCGAAGAGAGGGCGGUGGGCAAGCAGAAAGACUACCAAAUGA